AUGAGAUUGAACAACCUCGCUCAAUAUGCAUUCAUUGGUGCGAUUGCAGCCACCAGCGCCUCAGCCGCCAAGAUAACAAAAGCUCUGACCAAAAACGCACAGGACCUGUUUGACUGGUCCAUGGACGUCAACGACAAACGCUGGGAUGAUUCGUACAAGUACAUCUUAUAUUCAGACAAUGGUCCAUGGUCAACUAGAUUUACAGCAUGGUAUACUGCUGGUCUACUUUAUCGAAACAAGGGAAAUGACCUAGGCAACGCCAAAGCAGCAAUUGAGAACAUCCUGACAUGCCAGAUGGCUGAGAGUUAUGAUUCGGCUUGGUAUGGUACAUUCAAGCUUUCUCCGGACGAGCCCUAUCCAACUCCGGACUCGGACUUGUACCCGCCGAAAAUCUAUGACACCUACGACCCAAAUUGGAGAGAAUUCAUCGGGACACAGCUCGUGCAAAUCGUAGAGGAAUUCUCCGAUCUGCUAGGCGAAAGCCUUGUAUCGCGUAUCGAGGACACCCUGGAGAUUGCAGCUGUUGGUUCCAUGCGCCGAAAUGGAUCCUACCCAGAAGGCGACAACCUGACACCAGCAUAUUCCAAUCCGGCCAUAAUGCGCGCAUGGUACAUUUCUUGGAUUGGCGAGCGUCGUAACAAUCAGACUUUCAUUGACUACGCCAAUGACCAGGGCAGUGCUAUCCUGGAGCUCUUCCAGUCGACAGGCUCAAACGUGCUGUCAGAAUAUAAUGCACCCACCUACUACGGAAUGGAUACCUGGGCGCUCGCCGGUGUCAUAAAAUACGGACCCAAGGAUGCUGCCAUGACCAAGAAUGCCAAAACAAUUCUGACGGAUCUAUGGGCAGAUAUUGCUGCUCAUUAUAAUCCCUACCUGGCCAAUAUGGUAGGACCGUAUGAUCGGGCCUACACCCGUGAUCUAGUGUCUAACUCGGCAGUCAUCGACUACUUCUGGUGGGGUCUAUACGGCUAUGGCGGGCCUCAGCCCGUGAAAAUGGAGUCGGAUCUGCUGUACGAUGUGGCACAGGGUGCAGCAUUGGCACUGGUCAUUGACGUAGUUGCAGAUCAUAUCUCCAAAAAAGACUCCAAAUGGCUGGCAUCCAAAGGAAGCUGGGAUGGGGAACGAAUGAUCACCAAAAAGGUUCCUGAUGCCCUUGGUGCCGAUGCCGAAGUCCGGGUCGUCACUUCGUGGAUUAGCGCUCCUCUCAUGAUCGGUGCUGAAAAAGUCUCAGAGACUGUCAAUCGUGGCGAGCAAUAUGUCCCGGCUAUCGUACAGUGGGCUGGUGAUAAAAAUCAUACGCCUCAUCCAUAUAUGGCCUUGUUUUCUCUAUAUCCGACAGCUUCAACUAUUCACGCUGUCGCUGGACCUAACAGCCUGGAGAUAUCUUACCCCAAUACCACCCAGGAUGGAACUGAUAUUUUCACGUUUGCGCUGGCGCAACUGCCGCCAAGUUGGACUCUCAUCAAGAAGAAAGUUGUUGGAGGCCUUGAGGAGCUUCCUUGUCUCGAUGUCACCAUCAACGCCGACGGUCUAGAGAAACAGCCUGUGAUCUAUGGCACCAGCGUGGAGGACAAUCGUGUUUACAACAUCUCUUAUAUUGUACCCUCUAACUUUACUGGUGUACCCAAGAUCACAUUCGAGUUCGCGUACACUUGCUAA